GCAAUGGUUUCAACUUUCCCGUAUGCUCACACGUCUUCCUCACUCAUACGUUUCACUUUUACAAAUUCAAAUUUCCCAUUCCCUUAUUAUAACUGAAACCUAUAUCUCCUCAUCCUACAUUUUCUCUUUUAUAACUAUUUCCUUUUCAUAAACAUUAAACUUAACAAUUAAUCAUGCAUUUGCAGAACUCAACCCUUGCAACAACAACAACUCUCUUUGCUAUCUUACUUCUUCUCCAUUCCUCACUCGCUCUCAAGGAAGGACAAAUAUGCUUAGCAGACAAAAAUUGUGACUUGGGUUUGCACUGUGAAACGUGCGUUGCAAAUGGAAACCUACGACCAAGGUGCACUCGUAUUCAACCAAUCAAUCCAACUUCAAAGGUUAAAGGCUUGCCGUUUAAUCGCUAUUCAUGGUUAACUACACAUAAUUCAUUUGCGCUUCUGGGUCAGAAAUCAGCAACGGGUUCUGUGAUUCUCGCUCCUACUAAUCAGCAAGAUACUAUCACUUCUCAGCUUAAUAAUGGUGUACGAGGGUUGAUGCUUGACAUGUAUGACUUUGAGAAUGAUGUUUGGUUGUGUCACUCAUUUGGUGGCCAGUGCUACAACUACACAGCUUUUCAACCUGCCAUUAAUGUUCUCAAAGAGAUUCAAACAUUUCUUGAAGCAAACCCAUCAGAGAUUGUUACUAUCAUUAUUGAGGACUAUGUUACUUCACCAAAAGGCCUAACAAAGGUGUUUAAUGCUGCUGGACUGAGAAAAUACUGGUUUCCUGUAUCUCGAAUGCCGAAGAAUGGUGGAAACUGGCCAACAGUAGAUGACAUGGUGCAGAAGAAUCAACGUUUAGUAGUCUUCACUUCGAAAGCGUCUAAGGAAGCUUCUGAAGGGAUAGCCUAUGAGUGGCGAUAUUUAGUCGAAAAUCAAUAUGGAAAUUCAAAUGGAGGCAUGAAGGCUGGUUCAUGUCCGAAUCGCGCUGAAUCUCCACCUAUGAACACAACAUCAAGAUCAUUAGUCCUAGUGAAUUAUUUUCGAGAUCUUCCAGAUGAAACUAAAUCUUGCAAGGACAAUUCAGCUCCUUUGCUUGACAUGGUCAACACUUGCUAUCAAGCAGCCGGCAAACGUUGGCCUAAUUUCAUUGCUGUUGAUUUCUACAAGAGAAGUGAUGGAGGAGGAGCUCCAGAAGCAAUUGAUGUGGCUAAUGGUCAUCUAGUAUGUGGGUGUGGAAACAUAGCCUCCUGCAAGGCAAACAUGACAUUUGGAGCAUGUGAAUUGCCUGAGGCUGAGCUAACAUCUCCCAGUGGAGCAGCACAAGACUCCAGCUUUAGCAUUCUAAAUUGCAAGCCACUUAAUUUAUUCUUGUCUUUUGCCACUACUCUUUUGGCCAUGCUAUUUGUGGCAUUGUGAAACGGUCAAUAUUUACCUUAAUAAAAUGCAAGUAGAGAAGAGAAGAAAGGGUUUGAAUAUUUCUUUUUAUUUGUAGUUGGGUUUUGUUUUAUUUAUUUGUAGGGCGAAAUUUGAAAGGAGUAGUUGUAAUUUUACAGGCAUGUUAUGAAUGCAGUGUAACUUAAUAUUGUAAAGUUGUCGUGUGCAACAUGUGGUGGUGGGUUUUGUUAAUUAAUAGUGCACUUGUGUGAAAGUAAAA